GAGGCAAUGCCGACCAUCAGCGUCACGCCGUACAGCCCGGGCGUGCUCGACGACAGCCUACAACAGCUACGCCAGCUCCAUGCGGCCGUGCAACGUAUGCGCGCCGCGCCGCUCCCGCUUAUGCAAGCGGGCGGCAUCAGUCGUCUCAGCACAUCAUGCCCGUCACUUUGCAAAGAUGGCGGCGAUCCAGACUGCUGCUCACCCACACACCUGGACUUGUACCCACACAGCCGUAAGGGCAGCGGCGAGUCCCGAUCCUGGGGCCUGUGGGACAGGCGGGAGGAGGGCCGGCGGAGCUCCUGGGCGGCGUUGGAGCCCAACGCGCGCCAGCCCGAUGCGAGCCGUCAGCGCAGUACCCUUAACGGUCACAGCGCGUCGCUGUCAUCCAUGGAGUCGGAGGGCGAGCCCCGCGCGCGGCACUCCACGCACUCGCUCAACGACAACGACCUAGCCAAAGACUUCGAGAAGGUGACGGCGGCGCUCCGCGCGGGCACCACCGUGGCGGAGGGCGCGCGGCUGGCGGCGCGGCUGCCGCUGCAGAAGUCCGUGUCCACGCCCAGCAUCGUGGCCGCCGUGCAGCCCGCGCAGCCCCCGCCCGCCAACAACAUCUUGUCUGGCGGCGGUGCGAGCGAGACGGAGAGCGACGAGGACGCGUCGGCGGCCACGGUCGGGGCUACCACGCAGUUACCGGGGCGAAGAAACAACACACACCAAGAGCAUUUGGGCUUGCAUCGGUUGGCGUUCUUGGAACAAGCGGCGUAUGACCACCAUGCAGAAAAGCGGCGGAAAAGAGGCAGUUUGUUUUUCAGGAAAAAGAAGGACAAAUCGCGCAAGGCCGCUCACGCGUGGCAGUCGGCGACGUCGGCCGCUGACUGCGAUUGGUGCGGCCGAGCUCUGACAGACAAGCCCGCCUUCUACUGCGAACAUUGCACCAUGACAGUACACCAAAGCGUGUGUAAAGACUACAUUGUUGAAUGCAACAAACCAAAAUCAUCAAAGACCUCCGUCGGCAAAUCCUUGAGCGCGGCAAGUGGUAAAAGUAGCAAGAGGAGUUCGGUCUCUAGCCAGUCACAAAACCCAAACAGCACCGGCCACGUGUGCAAUGACGACAAAGACUCCGACCACAAGCACGACCAAAGCAAUGCAUCAGACGACGCAGGAGCGUCAGAGUGGCCGGAGGCCUACUUGACACCCGAUCUGUUGGGUGAAGAGGCAAUUUUACUAGGCCUGGGUGCCUCAGAGCCCGACACAUGGGCUGCGGGCGCUCCGAAGGGGCUGGCUAAGGCCAUCGGAGAUCGGGAGACGAAGAGACAGGAGCAUAUAUACGAGCUGAUAUUGACUGAGAAGCACCAUUGCCUUACGAUAAGGCUGAUGCAAAAGAUGUUCGCAGAAGGCAUGCUCCGAUUCCCCGGCAUAAGCUCGGCUCAAGUAUCCCGAAUGUUCCCCUGCGUAGAAGAGCUAUGGACGUUACACGCGGCCUUACUAUCUCGACUACGAGCGAGGCAACGAGCGUCAGCGCAGAUAGCGUCGGUGGCUGAUAUACUGGCUGACACCUUCGCUGCCCCGGCCAGGCACCGACUAAAGGCUGCUUAUGGUGAAUUCUGUUCCCGACAUCGCGACGCGGUGGACGUGUUCAAAGAGUGCUGCGCGCGGGAGCCCCGACUAGCGCGGUUCAUACGCAAGUGCCAACAGAACCCUUUGCUUAGGAAGAAGGGUGUCCCAGAGUGCGUGUUAUUCGUGGCACAGAGGCUCACCAAAUAUCCCCUGUUAUUGGAACCUUUACUGAAGACGGCAGGAGAUGAUAUCAACGAGAGGGAACUCCUGCAGAAAGCGCUGUGCGGCGUUAAGGAAAUUUUAGUAGACGUGGACAACCAGGUGGCAGCGAAAGAGCGAGAAGACAGAAAACUGGAGAUUUACCACCGGAUCGACGCGAAGUCGUUCGCCAACUUCCGCGGGCGCAAGUUUAAGAAGAGCGACAUACUGCAAGGGAACAGGAGUCUUAAGUUCGAAGGGGUAGCGACAUUAAUGCAGGGUCGCAGCAAAAUGCAGACGCUCCUAGUGAUCGUAUUGACUGAUGUCCUGUUCUUUCUGCAUGACAAUAACAACAAAUACACAUUCUUCACACCCGACAAUAAGACUGGAGUGGUAUCGCUAGUAAAACUGCUAGUUCGCGAGAAGGCAGGCGCCGAAGGCCGGGGGCUGUACCUGAUUUGCAGCGGGCCCGCCGAGCCUGAGAUGUUCGAGCUGCGGGUACACCGGCCCAAGGACAUCCACGCGUGGAUACACAAUAUCAGGUUGGCGGUAUCGCAGUGUCCGUCGGAGGUGGAGGACACGGAGGGCGCGCACGCGUCCGCCGAGGAGCGCCAGCGCGCGCUCGACGCCCGCCACGAGAGCAUAAGACUGAUCACUGAUGAGACUCCAUGGUGGCAAAUAGAAGAGGCGUUGCGUGUGAAGGACAGAGAGCACGCGACACUGCUAGAAGAGAAAAUGGCACUGCACAUGAAAAUGGUGGGACACACGGGCACCUCGACGUUAGACGUGCCCAGCUCAGGUGUGAAUACAGUAUUUCCCGGGGGCUUGGUGUUCCCCGACUAUGUGCGGCUAGCAGCCCCACAGCCAGACACGCACGCGCUAUGGCAGGAGGUGUGCCGCGUCGUCAAGGACGCGCUGGAAGCAUCGAGCGGUGCUUGGAGCGGUAGCAGCGCUUUAGGACGAAGUACGAGCUCAGCGGGCGAGCGACAUUCGUGCGCCUACGAAAGCCCCGCGCUACCGAGGCGGGCGGAUACCUUCGCCGGCUUUGAUGCCACCACGAACCGACACAGAGGCGUCAACCUCCGGUUAUCAACGGACACGCCAGAGGAGGUGGAAGGCGAGACGGAGCCUCACGAGCCCCACGAAGCGCACGACAGACCGCGCGUCUACGAGCAGGCGGGCGGUGACAGCGCGCUCAAACUGCAGCACGCUGUAUACACGCUCACCUGCAUCGUGUGGCAGCAGCUCACCACUAUACACAGCCUGGAAGCGCAAGUGAUGGCGUGGCGGGCGGCGCCGGGCGGCGGCGGCGCGGCGCGCGGGCACGAGGCGCAGCUGGAGGAGCUGCGGCACCUGCAGGCGCGCCUCACCGCCGACCGCGCCGCCUGGGAGCACUCCCGAGCACGAGACCACGCCAACAUCGCCGACGAAAAGCGGCAGCUCCAAGCGGCGCGGGAAGAGUUACUAGAACAGCAGAAAGACGUCGAACAGCAACGGGAGAGGCUCUUCAGGCGUCUCGAGAGGCUGCAGCAACACGGCGGCUCGCAGGAGGAGAUUGCUAGCGUGGGCACCUUGUCGCCUGAUUCCAGUGUCAGCGAUACCACGAGGCGGAAAGAACCUAAGUGGCGGAACAGUCGCGGCUCGACCGGGUCGGAGGGUGCGCCGCCGCCGCGAGCCCUGCCGCCGCCGCAGCUCCUGUCGGCGCAGAACGAGAGUCGCGCCACUGCUGCCAUCUCCCAAAUGGUGAUAAAACAGCAGUUACCACUAAAGCUAGCGAGUGGCAAGUCACAGCAGCCGCCGCCCGGUUACCACCGCCUACACGAGUCCCCGAGCGAGCAUUCGACGGGGCUCGUGAUUCACCACACGCGCACCGGCAGCUCGCCCGCGCCGCUACCUACGCAACCGCCGCUCAAUAAUAAGGCUACCAGAACAAACACAUACCCCAAGCUGCCGGACAAGUUCCGCGUACGCACGCCGGACGCCCACUCGGCGCCGGCGGGUGCGGCGGGUGCGGGGGGUGCCGGGGGUGCCGGGGGUGCGGGCGGCGCGGGGGAGGAGGAGGUGCUCUACUUCUGA